AUGACUUCUCAGUGCGAGAGCAAAGUCCAUCUGCCUCUUGCCGAUGGCCAAAUUCGCCUGCUCAAAUUGAAGCCUGCGAGCACACUAUCUGAUCCCAUCGAGUGCAGUCUAUUUGCAAUACCGCCAACCACAAAUACCCGAUAUGAGGCAGUCUCAUAUGUAUGGGGAAAUCAAAAUUGCCGAAAAGUAAUCAAAGUCAACAACGUCGACUUUCAGAUUACUGGCAACCUCUUUGAGCUUCUGCCGUAUCUGCGACAGCAUGAUUCAGAUCGCGUUCUCUGGAUCGAUGGCCUGUGCAUUGACCAGACAAAUGACGUGGAAAAGUGUCGCCAAGUCAACAUGAUGGGCGACAUAUACAAAGGUGCAUCUCAUGUUGUCAUAUUUCUGGGCAGAGAAUGGGAUGGGUUGGACAUCGCUAUCAAGUACCUUGGGCUUGCAGCUCAACAACAAGACGCACACCUUGAUCCGGCACUUGAGCCGCAUCUACACUGGAAACCAGCGGAUCCAGCAGCCGACUUUGACUCGUACUUGAAAUGGUACAAUGCUGUCAAUUCCAAGCAGGACUACGACACAUCCCAAUGGAAGGACCAAACGUUCCCGGACGCAUUGAUCCCCAACCUUUCUGGGCGUAGAUUUAUACUCAUGGAGAAUGGAGAUAUCGGAAUGGCUGACGCCAAGUCACAGCAAAAUGAUGUUGUGAUGGUCCUUGCUGGGGGGAAAGUGCCGCUCAUAGGCGACGCCUACGUCGAUGGUAAAAUGGAGGGAGAGGCUGUCACGAGCAAUGCGAAAUGGAUGGAAGUCACCUUGAUAUGA